AGAUAUUGUUCUGUCGGAAUAUUGUAACUUAUACCACAAGACAACAUGACGACUCAAGAGGAGCAGAAGAAGGUCAUCGAGCCUAAACCUGCCGCGUCCGACCCAUCACCACCGUCUACGGAGGAGAAGUCCGACGAUUCUAAAGCUAUUGUUCUCGUCGUCGCAAAAGAACCUGAGGAGGAGAAGAAAGAAGGUUCAAUUUACCGAGAUGCUGUUUUGGCUAGACUGGAGCAAGAUAAGAGGAUAUCUCUCAUCAAAGCUUGGGAAGAAGCUGAGAAAUCUAAAGUAGAGAACAAAGCUCAGAAGAAGCUAUCUUCAGUUGGUGCUUGGGAAAACAGCAAGAAAGCUUCCAUUGAAGCUGAGCUAAAAAAGAUCGAGGAGCAACUAAUAAAGAAGAAAGCAGAGUACGCAGAGAAAAUGAAGAACAAAAUAGCUCAAAUCCACAAGGAAGCUGAAGAGAAGAGAGCCAUGGCCGAAGCUAAACGUGGUGAAGAUGUUCUCAAAGCCGAAGAAAUGGCUGCAAAGUACCGUGCCACCGGAACCGCUCCAACCAAGCUAUUUGGAUGCUUCUGAUCAUUAUAUAUUAUGGCCAAACGGAUUUUGAAUGUUACUUUGUUACUAAAGGAUGAUUUGUUGCUUAGGUGGUUUGGUGACUUGGUGUGUGGUUUAAUUUGGCUUCAUAGCAAGUUACAAGGUCAUAAUGUAACGUCUUAAUUGUGUAUUUUUGUUACUCAUUUUGUAAGUUGUACAUCUUUUUCUUGAA